AUGAAGCGGGAACUGUGUUCGAGGGCCUUGACUCGCGCCUUCCUGGCCGAAUUAAUUGGCACGACGGUCUUUGUGUUCGUAGGCCUGGGCUCUGCCCUGCCCUGGCCCCUGGCCUCCCCUUCGGUCCUGCAAGUCGCUCUCGCCUUUGGCCUGGCUAUCGGCACCUUGGCCCAAUGCUUGGGCCACGUCAGCGGCGCCCAUCUCAACCCUGCAGUGACCGCCGCGUUCCUGCUGGGCUCUCGCAUCUCCCUUUGCAAAGCUGCUUCCUACGUGCUCGCUCAGCUCCUCGGAGCAGUGUUGGGAGCUGCUCUUCUGUAUGAACUGACCCCCAGUCAGGUCCACGGAAGCCUGGGGGUCAAUGGGGUGAGUCUGAGAAUGAUCACUGAUGGGGAGGUCAGACCUUCCAAGUGCCCCUGUUUUCCAGGGACAGUCCCGGAUUUACAGACACCGUCCCGGUUUUUGAUCUGAUCCCGGAAUGUCCCGCUUUUCCUUAGGAUGUCCCUAUUUUCAUCGGAGAAAUGUUGGAGGGUACGGAGUUAUGGGACCUCCGAGCCAAGGUGAUGAGUAACUCUGCAACUUUUAGAAGACAUCUGAAGGCAGCUCUGUAUAGGAAAGUUUUUUUAAAAGAAAAGUUUAAUGUUUUAUUAUGUUUUUAUACAUGUUGGAAGCUGCCCAGAGUGGCUGGGGCAACCCCGUCAGAUGGGUGGGGUAUAAAUAGUAUAAUAAUAAUAGUUGAUGAUGAUGAUGAUGAAUAGGCCGCAAAAAGAGAUUGCCAGACAGUGCGCAAAGGAAAUGUGCUUUGUAGGAUGAAUGACAACAUACAGUACCUCGGUUCUUGAACGUAAUCCGUUCCAGAAGAACGUUUGAGUUUCGCAACAUUCAAAAACCGAGGCACAAAGGGCUGGUUUAAAGUUCAAUGGAGAAAAUUGAAAAACACAGAGUGGAAGCCGUUUGACUUCCAAGGUGCAUUCGAAAACGGAAGCAUUUACUUCCGGGUUUUCAGCGUCUGGGUUCCGAAACGUUUGGCUUCGGAGACGCUCAAAAACUGAGGUACCACUAUAUAACCCUGGAGUCCAAAGCACCUCUGGAUUUAUUUGGCUGCCCCAAAUUUUCCAUCUUACUUGAAAACCAAACCUUACCUUCUCCGGUCUUUUCUGAGAUGUUGCCACAGCAACAUCUUUAAGUUUUGCAGUUAUUCAUAUGGGCUUGAAUUUGAAUUUCGUCCAUCUAAUGGAAAACUUCACCGAAUUCUGGCAUUCCUACGCAAGCCCAUGCCCUUUCAACCCUGCUGUGAAUUUAAAAUAAAAGAAGUGCGCGUUUUCUUUUGCAGAUUUUGGAGACGCUUGAUGGGUCACUGUAUGGAUGUGCACAUCCAAGCAGGGCUUUGGGUGCCUUGGAGCAGCCAUAUCCAUGGAGAAAGGAGCUGUGUUUCUUCUUUGCUAUUAUUGCUUUGCCAGAAUCCUUUCCCCUUGGUAGCAACAGAAGCAGCUGCCUUCAUUGACUGUCUCUCAUUCCCUGCACAGUAGUUUGAGACUCUGUUGGUCUGUUUCAGUAAUCUAGAGUGAUGAAGAGCUCGUGCAUGUGCAUUUAUUAAGAUGCUUACGACGGGAGAUUUUUGGACAUCUGAUUCUCCUACGAUUGGGGUUGAUGGUGAUGUGUGUGUACCAGGUAUAUGGUUAGUGUCACAUUCCCUCCAAGAUUUCUCUGAUGAAAAUAAGGACCGUGCUAUUCAAUAAUAAUAAUAAUAAUAAUAAUUGUUAUUGUUUUAUUAUUUAUACACCACUCAACUAUUAUUAUUAUUAUUAUUAUUAUUAUUACUAUUAUUAUACUAUUUAUACCCCACCCAUCUGACUGUUGCCCCAGCCACUCAGGGUUGUUUCCAACAUACAGUGGUACCUCGGGUUACAUACGCUUCAGGUUACAGACUCUGCUAACCCAGAAAUACUGCUUCAGGUUAAGAACUUUGCUUCAGGGUGAGAACAGAAAUUGUGCUCCGGCGGCGCGGCAGCAGCAGGAGGCCCCAUUAGCUAAAGUGGUGCUUCAGGUUAAGAACAGUUUCAGGUUAAGAACGAACCUCCGGAACGAAUUAAGUACUUAACCUGAGGUACCACUGUAUAUAAAAACAUAAUAAAACAUUAAACAUUUCUUUAAAAACAUCCCUAUAUAGGGCUGCCUUCAGGUGUCUUCUAAAGGUUGUAUAGUUACUUAUCUCCUUGGCUUGAGGGUCACAUAACUUCAUACCCUCCAACAUUUCUCCAACGAAAAUAGGGACGUCCUAAGGAAAAGCAGGACAUUCCAAAUUCAGGACUGUCCCUACAAAGCAGGGGCACCUGAAAGGUCUGGCGUCAAAAUCUGGAAGUUAAAAGAUCUACUAAAAGACAGCCUCUCCUGCAACCUGCUGUCUCUGCCCCUGUGAAAUGUGCAGUGUAGUGGGGGUGACAUUGCUGAAUGGCAAGAGAAAUGUGCUUUGCACAUGUUCAGAGACACUCCUUUUACCAUUGCUUUGUGUGUUCUGGGACUGCAUCCUUGCAUUAAACGCAGGUUUGGGGGGGCGGGCAGAGAGCCCUGGUAAAAUCUGAUAGACGACAUUCCCUCAUCCGAAGCUGCCCUGGUUGUGAGAUCUUCGGGGCAGGCCCUUCUCUCGGUCCCACCACUCUCACAGGCACGAUUGGUAGAGAAGCAGGACAGGGCCUUCUCGGUGGCAGCUCCCAGACUCUGGAACACCCUAGAGAAGUUAGACUAGCUCCCUCCUUGUUGUCCUUCCACUGGCAGCUGAAGACUUUCUUAUUCCAGCCAGCUUUUGGGAACUGACAACUUUUAACAAAAGGGCUGGUUCUUUACAGUUUUUAUUGUAAUUAUCUUUAUGUUCUUAAUGGAUCAUAGAUCGAUAGUUUUAAUUCUAGUAAAUUUUUUAAAUGGUUUCCCUAUGUUUUUAGCUGUUCUUAUUUUACCUGUAAGCCACCUUGAGUCCCUGUCAAGGAAAAAGGCCAGAUAUAAAUAAUAAUAAUACUUUAUUAUUUAUCCCCAGCCACUCUGGGCGGCUUCCAACAGAAUAUUAAAAUACGAUAUUAAAAUACUAUGCCAUGUCCAGUUUUCCCAGUUUCUCGUUUUCCUGUUUUAAGUUCAGCUUUCUACAUUUUUUGUUGUUAUUUGAGAUCAUGUUGUCACACUAUAUUGUGAUUUUAUGUCGUGAAUUGCCCUGACAUAGGGCUGUAUACAAAUUUAUUUAAUUGAUCAUAGUAAUAAACUGUGCCUCAGACUUAAGCCUUUGCAACCGAUCUGAUCAAACAGCGGAACUUUUAAACAUUUCAAAUUAUGGCCUUCUCUCUCUCUCUCUCUCUCUCUCUCUCUCUCUCUCUCAAGUCCCUUCGGUUAACCUCAGCCACCGGCUCGUUUUUUCUGGAAGUGUUUUUAUGAGACUGAAUUAUCAGUCGGUCGGCAGAAUCUGCCUGGAGUAGGCAAUUCUAAAUGCUGGAUGAAGUUAAAAUGAAACAGAGCUCUCUUGCCUCGGCUUUGUUCUUUUGCAGAGAAGUCACAGAGGGCCCAGUCCGAAGGAUGCUUCUCUGUGUUCUUCACCGCCAGUGAUCUCCGACCCCGAAAUCUUUGGUAUAUUUUUGUCUCGGCUCUCGCUAAUACCAGCUUUUGCAGAGCAGACGUCGCCUCUUGUCCUUUUGCCCAGUUAUGCAAGGCAAGCCGGGCCCCUCCCAUGCCCUGAACUGGAUCCUUGAUUUUUCCUCUCCUGUUCAAUUUCCAUUCACUUCAACUCAAGAUUCACUUUGCUGAGAACUACCCUGUGACCAUGGGUGUAGCCAGGAUUGGGGGGGGGGGCAGGACAGGACACCCACCUGCCACCAUAAUCUCUGUCUGGCUCUGUCUAGCAGAUUCGGAAUGAAACAUCUCGACAACAGUGGUUUUAAAUUGCUUUCUUUUGACCCCAAGUGCUCAGAAAAAUUCAUCAAAAUCUCCACUCAUUUGAAAACUAGGACGUUAAAUAAAAAACACCAGGGAGUACUUUUCGUGCGGUUAACGAGUAUAUUUUGCAAAAUUACAAAGAACACACCUUUUUUCAUUUUGAUUACAGUGGUACCUCGGGUUACAUACGCUUCAGGUUACAGACUCCACUAACCCAGAAAUAGUACCUCGGGUUAAGAACUUUGCUUCAGGAUGAAAACAGAAAUUGUGCUCUGGCGGCGCAGUGGCAGCAGAAGGUCCCAUUAGGAGUGGACCUCCGGAACGAAUUAAGUACUUAACCCGAGAUACCACUGUAUUAUUAUUUAAACUAAAACUAGUUUUUUUGGGUUUGCUGAAAAUCUUUUCUAAAUCUUUCCCUAAAAAAACUUUGGUCACCCUCCCCCCCAAAGCUCAACAACUUUAGUCAAUCCUUUUUUAAAAAUAUAUAUAUAUAUAUUUGUUAUUAGGAAUUUGAACAAAGCAUAUUAUCUUACAACAUACCAUCCUUAAUUUUUUUUCCUCAUUUCCCCCCUCCCCCAGUUUAUUCAAAACCUGCCAAGGAGUCCAGUUCACUUUGUUGCUUCUUUAAGUACUUUGUAAAAGGUUCCCAUUCAUCUUUAAAGUCACAUUUAUCCUUGUCCCGUAGUUUAUGUGUCAGUUUUGCCAAUUCUGCAUAGUCCAUCUGUUUCUCUUGCCAUAAUUCUUUGGUCAAUCCAAUGGGUAGGUAACUGCCAGUUUAUUUAUAGUGGGAGUAGAUCGCAGUCUGUUGGAAGUUGGACACCUCUGCCGUACCCCAUGUCCUCACUGCAGCCGAUGGUGCUAUGUUGUGGAAGCGGUUCACUGUGUCAGCCCCUCGCAACCCAUGCAGCUGGUUGGACCCACUCAAAAGUCCACCCGGACAGUCGAGUAGACCUUCAGCCUCCAAAAGUGCAGUUAGGGACAUUUCUCACCAACGUGCACUUCUUUUCCAGCCCCAGAACACCACGUCGGCAGGACAGGCUGUGACCAUUGAGAUGUUCCUCACGCUUCAGCUGGUCCUCUGCGUCUUUGCGUCCACCGACAGCCGCAGGACGGAUGUUGGCUUCCCAGCAUUGUCCAUUGGAUUGUCAGUCACUGCAGGACACCUGAUAGGGGUGGGUAUCGGGGAGAGAGACGCAUGGGUCCCUCUUGUGAAAAUCAACCGCUUAUAUCAAAACGCUUAGCUCUUCCCUCAAAGAUCCUCAGUUGUAAACUUGCAAUUGGAUCUCACAUUUUAGGCUGUGUUUUGUGGCAACUCCAGUCCAGGGUCUUAUCAACGCUGACCUUGGCGUGGAACAGGGUCAUUCAUAUAUGUGUGGUGUGUGUGUGUGUGUGUGUGUGUGUGUGUGUGUGUGUGUGUGAAUGGUGCCACAGACACCCUCCCCCAGGUGGGUUAUGAGGGGGUCUGCAGAUCACCAGAUGGGAAUCAUCAUGCUUAUCAGGGAAACUGAGUGAACAGGAAAGCCUUAGCUAUGGCAGGCGCCAGAGAAACCAUAUGACACAAAUUAUGUAAUUUUACAUGGAUUUUUGAAAUAAAUAAAUAAAUAAAUAAUAUAUUUAUACCCCGCCCAUCUUGCUGGGUUUCCCCAGCCACUCUGGGCGGCUCCCAACAGAAGAUUAAAAACAUGAUAAAACAAGCAUUAGAAACUUCCUGAUACAGGGCUGCCUUCAGAUGUCUUCUAAAAGUCAGAUAGUUGUUUAUUUCCUUGACAUCUGAUGGGAGGGCGUUCCACAGGGCGGGCACCACUACUCAGAAGGCCCUCUGCCUGGUUCCCUGUAACCUCACUUCUCGCAGUGAGGGAACCGCCAGAAGGCCCUUGGAGCUGGACAUCAGUGUCCGGGCUGAACGAUGGAGGUGGAGACGCUCCUUCAGGUAUACUGGACCGAGGCCGUUUAGGGCUUUAAAGGUCAGCACCAACACUUUGAAUUGUGCUCAGAAACAUACUGGGUUCCAAUAUAGUUCUUUCAGGACUGGUGUUAUAUGGUUUUGGCAGCCACUCCCAGUCACCAGUCUGGCUGCCACAUUCUGGAUUAGCUGUAUUUUCUGGGCUACCUUCAAAGGUAGCCCCACCUAGAGCACAUUGCAGUAGUCCAUGCUUUAGUAGUUAUGUUUUAUUAUGACUGUUUGUAUUGGAUCAGAUUAUAAGGUGUGCGUUCUUUGUUGUGUAUUUUGUUGCCGUAUACCGCGUUGUGUAUAGCAAUAUAGAAAGGCGGUGUACAAAUUAAAAGUGAAAUGAAAUCAAAUGAGAAUAUUACAGUUGGGAGGAUGUUCUGGCAAGCUCCAAGCCUGCUUUGGGGGGGGCGGUGUUAGGCUGCAAUGGGUAUUGGAUGCUGGAGGAUAUUUCAUGAGGUCAUAAACAAUAGGAAACUGAGUUGUGCCCGGUUCUCUGCACAGCUGGGGCAGAAAAUCACAAAUGCAAAAUCCUCACAUGCAGUGAAAACUGCUUGCAGACUCUCCAAAUGUCCCUAUUUUCCAGAAUCAGUCCCAGAUUUACAGAAGCUGUCCUGGUUUAUGAUUUAAUCCCAGAAUGUCCUGCCUUCCCUUAGGACAUCACCCCAUUUUUCAUCCAAAAAAUGCUGGAGGGUGUGGAGUUAUGCAAUACCCAAGGAGAUAAUUAACUAUACAGUCAUACCUUGGAUCUCAAACGCCUUGGCUCCCGAACAAAUCGGCUCCAGAUCGAAACCCGGAAGGGAGUUUCCGGUUUGUGAACGUUCUUUUGGAACCCAAACGUCUGAUGCGGGUUCCGUGGGUUCCAAUUGGCUGCAGGUGCUUCCUGCAGCCAAUCAGAAGCCGUGCUUUGGUUUCCAAACGUAUUGGAAGUCAAACGGACUUCCGGAACAGAUUCCGUUCAGCUUCCAAGGUGCGACUGCACAACCUUUAGAAGACAACCUUGAGAGCCAAUGUGGUGUAGUGGUUAAGAGCGGUAGUCUCGUAAUCUGGGGAACCGGGUUCGCGUCUCCGCUCCUCCACAUGCAGCUGCUGGGUGACCUUGGGCUAGUCACACUUCUUUGAAGUCUCUCAGCCCCAGUCACCUCACAGAGUGUUUGUUGUGGGGGAGGAAGGGAAAGGAGAAUGUUAGCCGCUUUGAGACUCCUUAAAGGGAGUGAGAGGCGGGAUAUCAAAUCCAAAUCCAAAACAUCUGAAGGCAGCCAUGUAUAGUGACUUUUUUUAAUGUUUUAUGUUUUUGUACAUGUUGGAAGCCACCCAGAGCGGCUGGGGCAGCCCAGAGAGGUGGGGUAUAAAUAAUAAAAUUGCCAUUAUUAUUAUUAUUAUUAUUAUUAUGGAAGAGGACGUCCCUAUUUUCAUUGGAGAAAUUUUUGAGGGCAUGUAUUUGGUUUCCUUCCCUCCUCUCAACCACCUCUUUGUGUUUCUCUAGAUCUACUACACUGGCUGCUCUAUGAACCCGGCUAGAUCCUUUGGCCCAGCUCUGGUCAUGGGGAACUUUGCUAACCACUGGGUAAGAGAAGACUCUGCCUCUGUUCUGAAAGAGAUGGGAUGAGGAGCAUAUCUCAAAGCGAGGCCCUUGCAGCUAGACCCACACAGCAGCUGCUGGCAAAGUCCUAGCCCUAGCUUUGACCAAAGCAUCCUUUUCUUCUCUCUGCACAGAUUUUCUGGAUUGGACCGCUAGCUGGUGCCAUCGUAGCCAUGAUGCUGUAUGACUAUCUUUUGUGCCCGCAUCCCAGGAGCACGGCAGACCGAAUUGCCAUCCUCAGAGGAGACCGUGAUCCUGAGAAAGAAGCAGAGCAUGGACGUCAGAAGAAGCAGUCCUUGAAGACCUACUCUGUCCACACCCUUCCCAAGCUCAUCGACACUGAUGAUAAGGCUUGUGGGUUGGUCUCUUAA